AUGUCGCUCCUGCGUUUGUCAUUGCUCUCCCGAUCGCGAUCACUGCUUUUGAUGCGUUGUUUGUCUACGAAUGGACACUCGUUUGUAUUUGAGUCGCGUCAUGAAUACAUGGAGUAUCUACAGACGCAUCAAAGUCGCUUGCCCUGGGGCUUUUCCGUCGCGACUACGAAUUUUGAUUUUGUCCCGCAAGAAGCGCCCCACUUGCCAGCUAAGAUGACGAUGACACUUAUCAAGACUGUAAAGCCCACAUCUCUAUUUGCUGCUGUCUUUACACAAAAUGCAUUUCCUGGAGCGCCCGUGCUUGUGGGUCGUAAGCGCUUGCAGGAGCCCAAGCUCGGUGCCAUUCUAAUUAACAACAAGAUCUCCAAUGUCUGUGCCAGUGGUGGUGGCGUCGCAGAUGCAGAGGAAGUCUGUGAAAGUCUGGCCAAACACUUGAGACUGGAUGGAGGCACUCAGAUAUUGCCUUGUUCCACGGGCGUCAUUGGAUGGCGCAUUCCUGUAGACGCCAUGGUGGAAGAACUUCCCAAGCUCGUCAGUAAUUUACAGUCCGACUCGGUACUACCAGCUGCUGAGGGGAUCAUGACGACUGAUCUGUACCCAAAGGUGCGCUCUAUCGAUGUGUGUGGAGGUAGAAUCGUCGGUAUUGCCAAAGGAGCCGGCAUGAUUGAACCCAACAUGGCUACUAUGCUGUCUUAUAUUCUUACUGAUCUUUCAAUUCCGCGUGAUGUGUUACGUCAACUGCUGACGGAGGUAGUUGAAAACACAUACAACUCACUCAGUGUAGACACGGACCAGAGCACGUCGGACACGGUGACGCUUGUGUCGUCAGACCAGAUCCCUUUCGACAUCAAGCAGUUGGACGAGUUCAAAAAAGCGCUGCAUGAUGUCUGCCUUGGCUUAAGCGAAGACGUUGUGCGCAAUGGUGAAGGUGCGCAUCACGUUAUGCGGGUGACGGUGAGUGGUGCUUUAUCGAAAGAGAUGGCCAAAGGCGUUGGCAAGUCCGUGGUGAACUCGCCUCUCCUCAAGUGUGCAGUGGCUGGCAACGACCCGAACGUAGGUCGUCUUGUCAUGGCCGUGGGGAAGUAUAUGGGCUUGCAUCACAAGGAUGUGAGCAUUCAGCGCCGCAUGAAGAUCCGAAUGGGUGGCGUGGUCAUUUUUGAGAACGGCGAGAUGGUGCUGAACGAUGAUAUCGAGGCCAAACUUGUUGCUCACAUGCGUAGCGCAAUGCUGAUCGAGCCCACGCGCGGUGGACUUGACGCCAGCUCGCACAACUACCCGCCGCACGGAAAGUUUGUCGAGAUCGAGAUUGAUUUGGGUGUUGGAUCCGAGAAGACUCAGGUGCUGGGCAUCGACCUUACCCACGAGUACGUGGCCAUCAACGCCGACUAUCGCUCGUAG